CUCGGGGGUCCUGGGCCUCCCUGCCACCAAGGCCAGCCCCGGGUGCCCUCCAAACUCUGGGCUCAGCUGGGGCCCCUGCCUGACCCGACCUGUCUCCCACCCUCCCUGGCCCGUGGGUCUCCAAGGGGCCACGCUGUGGUCUUUGGGGUCUGGGGUCCCUCCCCGGGUCCAUGCAGUGCCGGCUCCUUCGGGGCCUGGCUUGUGCCCUGGUCAUGCUACUGUGCACGGGGCUCCUGUCCCUGCGGUGCCACUGGGGCCCUGGCCCCCAGGUCACACUCCCUGACCCCCCUGAGCAGCCCCUGUCCAGCCCGCACCCCCCUGAGCUGCAGCUGCUUGAUGUCUUCAUUGCUGUAAAGACCACCCUAGCCUUCCACCGCUCGCGCCUGGACCUGCUGCUGGACACGUGGAUCUCCAGGACCCGAGAACAGACCUUUGUCUUCACCGACAGCCAUGAUGAAGGCAUUCAAGAGAGACUUGGGUCCCACCUCGUGGUCACCAACUGCUCCGCGGAGCAUAGCCACCCUGCGUUGUCCUGCAAGAUGGCUGCUGAGUUUGACGCCUUCCUGGCCAGCGGGCGAAGGUGGUUCUGCCACGUGGACGACGACAACUACGUGAACCCCCGUGCUCUGCUGAAGCUGCUGAAAACCUUCCCCCUGGCUCAGGACGUCUAUGUGGGCCGGCCUAGCCUGAACAGGCCCAUUCACGCCUCGGAGCCGCAGCCCCACAACCGCACCAGGCUGGUCCAGUUCUGGUUUGCCACGGGAGGUGCAGGCUUCUGCAUCAACCGCCAGCUGGCUCUGAAGAUGGCCCCCUGGGCCAGUGGCCCUCACUUCACGGACACCUCGGCCCUCAUCCGCCUUCCUGACGACUGCACCGUAGGGUACAUCGCUGAGUGCAAGCUGGGGGUCCGCCUGCAGCCCAGCCCCCUCUUCCACUCCCACCUGGAGACCCUGCAGCUUCUGGGGGCCGCCCAGCUCCCCGAACAGGUUACCCUCAGCUACGGCACCUUUGAGGGAAAACUGAACGUCAUUCAGCUCCAAGGUCCCUUCUCCCCAGAGGAGGAUCCUUCCAGGUUCCGUUCCCUCCACUGCCUCAUCUACCCGGAUACGCCCUGGUGCCCGCAACUGGUGUCCUGGUGAACCCUAAAACAGGACAGGGUUGAGUGAGGCCUUUGGGGGGCCCUUGUGUCCCCAACAGCCCUGGGUGGGCCUCAUGGCCGGGCCUUUGAGGGUCUCCGAAUGCUGGGCCCCGAGGGAUCAUGGAUGUCCCAGAACACGUUGAACUGAGGGAGAGUUUAGGGGAGCUGGGCCAGGACUGCAGCGUCUCCAGUCCCCCUGAGACUAAACCCAGGACCACCCUCCCCUGGGUCUCCUGGCUGUGCCCAGCACCCUGAGGGGCCCCAGGAAAAGUGGCAGCUGAACUUGGGGCUCCCCAUACCUCUUGCUGACAGUCCAAGCUGGAUCAUCAGUUCACACAUCUGGGCUCAGAGACUGACAUGCGGUCGAACCCUUGAGGCAGAGCAGUGUGACGCGUCUUUUGUUCAUUCUCCGUUCCUGCUAUUCGGGGGUUACCAAAU